GGGCUCUGGAGCUUGCGCCGUGAAUUAGCACGAGUAUAUCAGAUACCCAGGGUAGUCCCAUGGAAUACUCCAGUCCACGGACUCACGAGCCCGCCCUGUCAAGUCUUGGCAGGUUUCUCAGCCAUCAGCGUAGCCUCGGCCAAGUCCUGCUCCUGACUCCUUUCGUCCCUCUCUGUUCCCACGAGAGCUUCUCGGCGCUAUAUUCUACGCCUCCAAAGUCUAGUUAGCGUACCUGCUCUACGCCUAGGUCGAGAUCGGGACUGCAAAAAUGGCGUCCGGUGACUCUAGCUCACCGACGGACGAGGCUGAGACGGUGGACUCAACCGUGGGCGACACAACUCUGUCACCCCUGACUUCGAGUCAAGAUAGCGAGGAGGGUCGCCAAACGGAAGGCGCCAAUGCCUCAAACAUUCCGGCCAUAAAUGGCCAGAAGCUUACGGCACGCGGUGUUAGCGGCUUCGCCGACGAGGUCCGGGCUCUAAAGAUGAAGCUCCUUGAGCUUGAGAAACAAGCCCAGAACAACCCGGCAGCCGUCGAGGGAGAAGAAUCGCGCCCGCAGCUGAUGGAUGAUCUGGAAGAAUAUAAACGCAUGGAAGCCUGUCUCAAGAAACAUCGGAAGGAAUGGGAACGCGCGAGCGGGCCGGGUAAUUGGGGUAUUACGGACCGCCACCGCCGCUUCUACAUGUUAAAUGGAGAAGGAUUGCACCCCCCGUUUAAGCUCAACUGGGACCACAGGCAGGAACGUGUAUACCAGCGGCCGGGUCUCCUCGAACUCUCCCGCAUGGUGGCAGACGGCCAGGAGCAAAGGGGGGUCGACACGUACGAUGAAUUUGACGAAAUCAUCGACUACGGCAGCCGCCGCGAUAGGCUCCGCAAGAACUUUGAGUGGGAGAUGGACCGCAUCUACCUAGUCGAAGAAAUGGACCGCCGUAGGAAAGAAAAAGCCGAAGCGGCGAAGGCAAAACCAAAGGCGCAGCCCGAGGGAGACGGGCAGCCCGAGGACGCGGAGCCGCCCCUCACCAAGGUUGCCCAGCCCCAGCUCAACCGGUUAGACUGGUCCGCCUUCAGAAGGCUCGCCGCCGUGGAGGAGAAGGAUGCAUUUGUCGUCGACAUUCUCAUGGGCGAGCCCAACGUCGACGACGACCUCGGUGACUAUCAGCACUGGUUCGGCUUCUCGGGCCAGGUCCACAAACGGGACAUAGCCCCGGACUUCAACGGCCCCGCGUCCGUGCUGCCGGGGCAGCCGCAGGUUCCCGAGAGAGUCCGGAUCCACUCCGAGGCUCUUACUCUAAUCCUCAGCACCAUCUUGGGGAAGGAAAUGGGUGGAACGACCGUCGUUUUUAUCAGGCCCUUCAAGGCGCUGGCUUAUUGCGAGCAAGCGCUACGAGGCUGGUGCACGGCCCUGGAGAAGAAGUUAGAGGCCGCGCCGGAGACGAACAAGGACGUACCGACUGCCACGGAGGGCUCGGCAGCUAGCCCGCCGAAAGACAUCGCCGCCCCUCAGGAGCCUGCGAAGGGACCGGGCCAAGCCUCGUCGGCCGGGAGUGAUGCUCCCGAAAAGCCGGCGGCGGCGGCAGGAGGAGAGCCGCCCAAGAAGAAACGCGGCGAAGACGAAGCCGACCAGGUAGAGGACAAGCCCGACGAUGUGACCAAGUCGCCGAUGGCGCUGGAGCACCUGAAGUGCCUCCUGAGCUUCGUGGACUCGCACAUAUCGGUCAAGCAGGCGUACCUCAAGAGUCCCGACUGUCGCAAGGUUUUUUUCUCCGAUCUCUGGCAGCUCUUCAGGCCGGGGAUGGAGGUGACGGGCAGCGACGGCAAGCAGGCCUACCGGGUCGUCGACGUCACUAGCGCCAAGCACCGCGUGGCCGCCCCCUGGGAGAGGUGGUCCAACAACUCGAGGGAGCGGAAGAAGACGCCGCCGUUUAGCAUUACGUGCGUCUACAUCGACUUUAACGGUGAGAACCUAGGGCCCGUCCCCAAGGUCUUUGACUUUAACAGGUUCGACGGCGAGAGGGACGUGACGUCCUUGGAGGUGUACCCCCUCCGCUUCCACCCAACCAAGAGGGCCGACUUUAGCGACUCGGAGUGGAAGGAGCUCGAGGCCCUCCCCGCCAACGAGAGAUACCGGCAGAAGCUCAUACGCCGCGGCGCCAAGUUCCUCCAGGUCGCCGGCAUGAAGCACAUGUAUUACGCCGGACCGACACUCGAAGCGCGCGAUGAGGUGGAGAGCCAGGUGGUCAUUGAUUUUGAAAUGGCUUUUUCGGUCGAAGACCCGGCCCAAAAACUGUGGAAGCCCCAGCUAACGACGAUGAUCGGGAACCCCAAGGCUGAGGACAGCGACCAGGACGCAGAAGACGAGUCCUGUAAAGCGGCCUGCUGUCGGGUGGACAACGUGCACGACGACUCUUAUGUGGACAAGAAGCAGAGGGAGGAGUAUAUUAAUGACCUCUUGCCCGAGGUGGGCGCCGUGAACGAGCAACCGUCGAUUGCCAUCAUCCCUCGGCCCUUGAAGGAGCUGCGCACCAGCAGCGGCCGGAGUCUCGUCUCGGAUGACGAGCUCAUCAUCAUGUCGCACCGCGUCUUUGGCUUCGUUUUGCGCAGCCGCAAAUGGGCCAAGCUCGACCUCUCGCACCUGACCGACGUCCAUCUCCCAGCGGCCGAAAGAGAUGAGGACCAGCAGGGCGGCACGGAGGAGAAGAAGAGCACCACGGCUUUUGACCGCCUCGUCCUUGAGGAGUGGCACCGUCCCAUGAUCUUGGCGCUCAUUGCCCAGCACUUCCGAGACAAGAAGUCGGCGGUGGGCCAAAGGGAGGAGUUUGACAUAGUCAAGGGAAAAGGAAAGGGCUUGAUUCUGCUGCUCCACGGCGCCCCCGGAGUGGGCAAAACGUCCACCGCUGAAGGAGUGGCGGAGCUGUUCAGAAAGCCGCUGUUUCAAAUCACCUGUGGUGACCUCGGCACCACCGCAGAGGAGGUCGAGAAGGCCCUAGAGACCAAUUUUGCACUGGCCAACAGGUGGGAUUGUAUCCUGCUCCUCGACGAGGCCGACGUCUUCCUCGCCGAGAGGACCAAGCUGGACUUUAAGCGGAACGGACUCGUGGCAGUGUUCCUGCGCGUCAUGGAGUACUACGCGGGUAUCCUCUUUCUAACGACCAACCGUAUCGGAGACUUUGACGAAGCCUUUACGUCGCGUAUCCACAUCAGCCUGUACUACCCCGAGCUGGACAAUGAGAAGACAGUCAAGGUGUUCAAGCUCAACAUGCGAAUGAUCCGGGAGCGCUUCGCCAAGAAGGGGCGAAGGAUCGACAUUGACGAGAUGGGCAUCGGCGGCUUUGCCUCCCACCACUUCACCGCGCACCCGCAAGCGCGCUGGAACGGCCGGCAGAUCCGCAACGCCUGCCAGACGGCGCUGGCGCUGGCCGAGUUCGAGGCCCAGGGCAACAGCCACCAGGACAUCCUGCGGCCCGACGCUGUCGUCACGCUAGGGGUCAAGCAGUUCGAGAUUGUGCGCGACGCCUAUGUCAAAUUCUCCGAUUACAUGAACAACCUGUACGGCUCCAACUCGGCCCGCCGCGCCAAGGAGGCCAAGUUGCGCGCCAUCUGGGUUGACGAGAACAACAACGUCGUGGCCGACCUCGGCUCCGGCGGCGUCGGCGGCAGGGCUAUGGACAAGAGGGCCUUCGGGGCCGCGUCAAAAAUCCAGCCGCCGACCCCACUGCAGCACUGGCAGCAGCAGCCGUCUCCCGCGCAGCAGCAGCACUAUGGCUACCAGAACGUCGCGUCGCCGCACCCUGGCUACACCGAUGCGAGCCGCAUGCCGCGGGCGCAGGCGGACCAAUUUCCGCCCGGCGGCCAGUCCUGGGACAACCCGGGCGGGAGGACUACCGGUGCCAAUGUCAACGCCAACGCCAAUGCCAACACCCCGUACCAGGGUUCUUGGGAGGGACAGAACGACACGUCGGCUCUGCAGCAGUCGUCGCUAGCGGGAGGGCAACAUUAUGACCCGCAGCAGCAGCAGCAGCAGCAGGCCUAUCCGCCAGGGUUUGACCGGGGCAUCCAGGAGAUGUACACGGCAUCGGGCCCACAGACCCCCGGGCAGCCGCCGCCGAGCAACCUCCCACCGGGCAGUGGCAACGUCUAUGUGCCGGGGGCGGCCGCUCCGGGGCAACCGUGGCGAGGGGCUCCGAGCCCGCGACACUGACAACAAGACUGACAUCUGCGCGAUUGAUAGCUGGUGCCGUGUUUCGCGGUUUUCAUUCCUCCUCUCUCGCCUCGCGCCACCAAGGGGCUCAAGACCAAGAUUGCUCCCCUUGGCGGCCUGGUGACUUUUCUUUGGCUGGCAUGUAUUUCUGUCUUGCCGGGCAAAUGCUUCGGCAUAGUCUCUAGGCCUAGAAUAGGGACUGUGUCGGGGGCACAUGCUUUGACAGGCUAUGUUCCUAGGUAGUUACUCUCUUUACAGCUUGAAUUUUCCGCCUUGA